AUGGCUUGCAAGAGCAGCACAGCUUGCGAGGACAGCAUGGCUUGCGAGGACAGCACGGUUUGCGAGGACAGCAUGGCUUGCCAGGACAGCACGGCUUGCGAGGACAGCACGCCUUGCGAGGACAGCACGGGUUGCGAGGACAGCAUGGCUUGCGAGGACAGCACAGGUUGCGAGGACAGCACGGGUUGCGAGGACAGCACAGCUUCCGAGGACAGGACAGCUUCCGAGGACAUUACAGCUUCCGAGGACAACACAGCUUCCGAGGACAGCACAGCUUGCGAGGACAGCACAGCUUGCGAGGACAGCACAGCUAGCGAAGACAGCACAGCUUGCGAGGACUGCACAGCUUGCGAGGACAGCACAGCUUACGAGGACAGCACAGCUUGCGAGGACAGCACAGCUUGCGAGGACAGCACAGCUUGCGAGGACAGCACAGCUUGCGAGGACAGCACAGCUUGCGAGGACAGCACAGCUUGCGAGGACAGCACAGUUUGCGAGGACAGCACAGCUAGCGAGGACAGCACAGCUUGCGAGGACAGCAAGGCUUGCGAGGACAGCACGGCUUGCGAGGACAGCACGGCCUGCGAGGACAGCACGGCUUGCAGGGACAGCACAGCUUGCGAGGACAGCACAGCUUGCAAGGACAGCACAGCUAGCGAGGACAGCACUGGUUGCGAGGACAGCAAGGCUUGCGAAGACAACUUGGCCUGCGAGGACAGCACGGCUUGCAGGGACAGCACUGCUUGCGAGGACAGCACAGCUUGCGAGGACAGCACAGCUUGCGAGGACAGCACAGCUUGCGAGGACAGCACAACUUGCGAGGAUAGCACAGCUUGCGAGGACAGCACAGCUUGCGAGGACAGCACAGCUAGCGAGGACAGCACAGCUUGCGAGGACAGCAAGGCUUGCGAGGGCAGCACGGCCUGCGAGGACAGCACGGCUUGCGAGGACAGCACAGCUUGCGAGGACAGCACAGCUUGCGAGGACAGCACAGCUUGCGAGGACAGCACAGCUUGCGAGGACAGCUCAACUUGCGAGGACAGCACAGCUUGCGAGAACAGCACACCUUGCGAGGACAGCUCAACUUGA